CAUAUGACGCGGGAAGGCGGAAGCAGUGGCGGCAUGGGGCGGUGCGGGGCCGCCCUGAGCCUGGCCCUGGAGGGGAACAUCGCCGUGGGGAAAUCGACCUUCCUGAAGCUGCUGGGUGCCACCUUCCCACGAUGGCACCUGGUGACAGAGCCCGUGGCACAGUGGCGCAAGGUGCCAGCCGGUGGCAGUGCCCAGGUAACGGCGAUCCCGGCCACACCCCGGCUCUGCCAGCGCCACCCUGGAACCCCCUCAUGCCCUGCUGUCCCUCCACAGGCGUCCGUGGGCUCUGCCAACCUGCUGCAGAUGAUGUACCAGGAGCCAGCCCGCUGGUCCUACACCUUCCAGACCUUCUCGUGCAUCAGCCGGCUGAAGGCAAUGCUGGAGCCAGCAGAGGAGGGGCCCCCCCAGACCCCGCCCCCCGUGAGGGUCUUUGAGCGCUCUGUGUUCAGUGACAGGUACGUCUUUGCCAAGAACCUCUUUGAGGCUGGGCACCUGCAGCCCCUGGAAUGGGCCAUUUACCAGGACUGGCACGACUUCCUGCUGCGGCACCUGGGGCCCCGCGCCGCCCUCCACGGCUUCCUGUACCUGCAGGCCAGGCCCCAGACGUGCCUGGAGCGGCUGCGGCGGAGGGCGAGGCAGGAGGAGGGCGGGAUCCAGCUGGGGUACCUGCAGCAGCUCCACGCCCAGCACGAGCACUGGCUGGUGGACAGGACCACGGAGAUCCACUUUGCGGAGGCGCGGCGCGCGCCUGUCCUGGUGCUGGACGUGGACAAGGACUUCGAGCACGACGUGGCCGUGCAGGGCGUCCUCAUGGCACAGGUGGAGGCCUUUGUGACAUCGCUGAGUGCCGACACUUUGCCGUCACAUCCCGACCCUGUGGGAGCCGUGGGAGGGUCAGGGUCUGCCUGAAGAUCCCGAUCCGAGGACAAGGGACACGUCCUGGUCCCCAGCUGCCUCCUCAGCCCGUCUGUGCGGGACCAGGGGUGGAU